AUGUUUGCUAAGACACCAGAGGGUUACGAUUACGUGAGACCACAAGCCCGGAAAUUGUCUGCAGGCGCCAAUGUUCCUGCCCCCUUGUUGCCCGUUCCAUUGCCGAUCCUGCGGCAACACAACCCCGAAUACUAUCCACCCGCCUCGUACAGCUUCAACUAUGCGGUCCAUGAUGAGCUAACCGGGGACAUUAAGGAGCACAGUGAGACGCGCGAUGGUUACUUGGUUCGCGGUUCCUACAGCCUUGUCGAUCCCGAUGGCUACAAGCGCACAGUCACUUACACAGCCGAUGAUGUGCACGGCUUCAAUGCGGUUGUGAAUCGGGUGCCCUACGCCCUCAAGCCCGUCGCAGUGGCGCCUCUGGCUCUGGACGAGCGCUCCGCAUCGAAUGUGGCACUCUUGAAGAGCGUGGCCGUCGCAGAAGCGACUCAGCAGCAGAAGCAACUGGAGAAUGGCGCACACUCCUCCUCCACGGACUAUGUGGCGACAGCCGCGGGUGCGAGUGCCGGAGCUGUUGCCAAUUCGGGGGACAGCUAUGCGUUGGCACCACGUGGUCGCGACUCUGCUGGCGGUCCCUAUGCUUGA